GUCUACGUCAUAUGUUUUCGUUUUUUAGCUAGCUAGUCAGCGGUGUGUAUUACAGCGGAGUGUGUGUGUGUGUGUGUGUGUGUGUGAGAGAGAGAGAGGAUUUAUUACACGAAUAUAUAAACUGCGUGCGCGGCAGCAGCAUGUCCUACAUGUUCGCCAGCGAUUCUCUGCAGGUCACACUGCCGCUCCUGCAGGCCUGCAUCGACGGAGACGUGGCCUAUGCCAAGCGCCUGCUGGAGACGGGCUGCGACCCAAACACGCGCGACUGCCGGGGACGCUCGGGGAUGCACCUGGCUGCGGCGCGUGGAAACGUGGAGAUCUGUCGUCUGCUGCACAAGUUCGGCGCCGACCUGCUGGCCACCGACGCUCAGGGCAACACCGCGCUGCACAUGUGUGGCCACGUGGACACCAUCCAGUUCCUCGUGUCCAACGGGCUCAAGAUCGACAUCUGUAAUCACAACGGGGCGACCCCUCUGGUCCUGGCGAAGCGGCGCGGCGUGAACAGGAACGCCCUCCGCCUUCUGGAGGGACUGGAAGAGCAGGAGGUCAAGGGCUUCAACCGCAGCUCUCACUCUAGCCUGGACAAGAUGCACAUAGCAGAUAAUGAGAGUGCUAUGGAGAGCCAUUCGCUCCUCACCCCUCACCUCCACCGCAGUGACGGCGUGUUCUCCAGCUUUCGCACCACGUGGCAGGAGUUUGUGGAGGACCUGGGCUUCUGGAGGGUCCUGUUUCUCCUGCUGUUCAUCGCUCUGCUCUCACUCGGCAUCGCGUACUACGUCAGCGGCGUCCUGCCUUUCAGCUCCAACCAACUGGAGCUGGUGCGUUAGGAGCGGACUGACGGAGGCGUCGGGGGUGCGCUGAUCGAGUCCCAGAGCGCUUUAUUAAGAAAGCGUUAAUAAAGGAGUGCUUAUUUCUGCUCUGUUAAUCAGGUUAUGAUGCGGUUAUGCGUUUGUGUAAAUUGUCUGAGUUUAGAUGCUUUGUGAAGUUUUAUUUCUUCCAUCGAUUAUCGCGCAUGAGAUAUUUAUCUUUUACAUCUGAACAUUUACAACCUGAUGCUUCACAUGGUGUAGAAUUAUUAAUGUAAACACGGCAUGAGUUAUAAUCAUCAGAUUCAGAAAUCUUAUUCAGUUUAAUGCAGGAAAUCAUAACACAGUUUAUAAUUUAAUGCUGUUUACAGUAACUCUAAAAGGGAGGGGCUUCCUGUAGGACUAUUAACACACAGUGUGUAAUGUCUUAAAGACACAGAAACACUACAACCAGAAUCUGUUCCUGAUUAACUGUGUCGUGACUCUCAGUCCAAAUACAAGACUUUAACAUUUAACUUCAAAUUAAAUCAAACUGAAUCCUACGUUGUUACUGAGCAGCGCGUCUCUGGCAUCCACAUCAUUAUUAUUUAUAAACAAACUCACUCAGUGAGUGUUCAGACAGCGCCACCUGUAGGAUUAUAAAGAACCAGUGACGGUUUAACCAGUGACGACUGUGAGCGCGCGGGUGUGUGCAGCUUCUAACGCAUGAGACCUUCGAUUAAUUAGUGCUGGUGUGUGUGUGUGACUGGUGUGUGUGUGUGUGUGUGUGUGUGUGACUGGUGUGUGUGUGUGUGUGUGUGUAAGAGACUGAUUGACUCAGAGUUUGGAAAAAAACACGUGUGUGAUGUUUGAUGAUGUAACGCUAUAAACAUUUGUGUUUCGUCACUCUGAAGCUCCUGCGCUCGUCACAGAGGUUUAUAUCUGAGACUAAUCAGCUGAUCACUAGUCACGCCCACUCACACUGAACACCAGAUCACUGGCCACGCCCACUCACACUGAACACCAGAUCACUGGCCACGCCCACUCACACUGAACACCAGAUCACUGGCCACGCCCACUCACACUGAACACCAGAUCACUGGCCACGCCCACUCACACUGAACACCAGAUCACUGGCCACGCCCACUGAACACCAGAUCACUGGCCACACCCACUGAACACCAGAUCACUGGCCGCGCCCACUCACACUGAACACCAGAUCACUGGCCACACCCACUGAACACCAGAUCACUGGCCGCGCCCACUCACACUGAACACCAGAUCACUGGCCACGCCCACUCACACUGAACACCAGAUCACUGGCCACGCCCACUCACACUGAACACCAGAUCACUGGCCACGCCCACUGAACACCAGAUCACUGGCCACACCCACUGAACACCAGAUCACUGGCCGCGCCCACUCACACUGAACACCAGAUCACUGGCCACACCCACUGAACACCAGAUCACUGGCCACGCCCACUCACACUGAACACCAGAUCACUGGCCACACCCACUGAACACCAGAUCACUGGCCACGCCCACUCACACUGAACACCAGAUCACUGGCCACGCCCACUCACACUGAACACCAGAUCACUGGCCACACCCACUGAACACCAGAUCACUGGCCACGCCCACUCACACUGAACACCAGAUCACUGGCCACACCCACUGAACACCAGAUCACUGGCCACGCCCACUCACACUGAACACCAGACCCCUGACCGAUCGAACGCUUCAUCUCUAUUAUAAACAUAAUAAAUAGUAAAAAUCAAUCUAUUUUUGAGUCAGUGUGAGACGUGAAUCAGCACACAGUAUAUAAUCACGAUUCAGAACUGAAUCCCCACCCCUGUGUGUGUGUGUGUGUGUGUGUGAGGUGUUCAGAGAGGACUUGGUGAUUUUUAGUGUUUGAUUAUUUAUACUAAGAGCAUUAAGUGUUUAAAAAAUGCUGCUGCUGGUUCAUGAACACAGCUUUGUGUUUAAAGUGUUUUUUUUUUAUACUCAUUCCAGGAUGUGCUGAUAUAAUUUCUAUUAUUAUUUGUAGUAUUGUUAUAAGCAUUAUCAUCUUGUAAGAAGGCACUAAGUGACAUUAAUUAAAUAAUGAACAUUAAAUCUUAAACAGCGAUGUGUUGGUUUCAUUAAAACACCUGUUUGUUCUGUUUCUGGAUAA